AUGGCGGCGGGAGUAGCAGCUUGGCUCCCAUUUGCCCGGGCAGCAGCCAUUGGCUGGAUGCCCGUGGCAAACUUGCCUAUGCCUGUUGCCCCCACCGAGAAGAAUAAGAGGCAGGACGAGCUGAUCAUCCUUAAUGUGAGUGGCCGGCGAUUUCAGACCUGGAGGACCACCCUGGACCGCUACCCUGACACCCUUCUGGGAAGCUCCGAGAAGGAGUUCUUUUUCAACGAGGAGACCAGAGAGUAUUUCUUCGACCGCGACCCAGACGUGUUCCGGAGCAUUCUGAACUUCUACAGGACGGGCAAGCUCCACUACCCGCGCUAUGAGUGUAUCUCGGCCUACGACGAGGAACUGGCCUUCUUUGGCAUCAUACCGGAGAUCAUCAGUGACUGCUGUUAUGAAGAGUACAAGGACCGCAAGCGGGAGAAUGCGGAGAGGCUGAUGGACGACAUGGAAGACAAUAAAGACAGCAAGCUGCCCAACAUGACCUUCCGCGAGACCAUGUGGCGAGCUUUCGAGAACCCCCACACCAGCACCAUGGCCCUGGUGUUCUACUACGUCACCGGUUUCUUCAUUGCUGUCUCCGUAAUCACCAACGUGGUGGAGACAGUGCCGUGCGGCUCCACGCCCAACCAGAAGGACAUGCCAUGCGGCGAACGCUACACGGUGGCUUUCUUCUGCAUGGACACAGCCUGCGUCAUGAUCUUUACCGUGGAGUACCUCAUGCGCCUGUUUGCAGCGCCCAGUCGAUACCGCUUCAUGCGUUCAGUAAUGAGCAUCAUUGACGUGGUGGCCAUUCUGCCCUAUUACAUCGGCCUGGUCAUGACCAACAAUGAGGACGUGAGCGGUGCCUUCGUCACGCUGAGGGUCUUCCGCGUCUUUCGCAUCUUCAAGUUCUCGCGUCACUCACAGGGCCUGCGCAUCCUGGGCUACACGUUGAAGAGUUGCGCCUCGGAGCUCGGCUUCCUCCUCUUUUCCCUAACCAUGGCCAUCAUCAUCUUCGCCACGGUCAUGUUCUACGCUGAGAAAGGCUCCACCUCCAGCAAGUUCACCAGCAUCCCGGCCUCCUUCUGGUACACCAUUGUCACAAUGACCACUCUGGGUUACGGGGACAUGGUUCCUAAGACCAUUGCGGGGAAGAUAUUUGGAUCCAUCUGUUCUCUUAGCGGGGUGCUGGUAAUCGCCUUGCCUGUUCCUGUCAUCGUUUCCAACUUUAGCCGCAUCUAUCACCAAAACCAAAGAGCAGACAAGCGGCGGGCGCAGAAGAAAGCCAGGCUGGCCAGGAUGAGGAUAUCCAAGACAGGCAGCUCCAAUGCCUUCCUGCGCAGCAAGCGCAACGGGCUCCUCAACGAAGCCUUGGAGCUCACGGGCUCGAUGGAGGAGGAGCAGCAGCUCAAUAAGACAACAUCUCUAAUAGAGAGCCAACACCACCACCUACUGCAUUGCCUGGAGAAGACCACGAACCAUGAGUUUGUGGAUGAGCAGUUAUAUGAGCAGAGUUAUCUGGAGAGCGCUCUCCAGAGUUACCCCUCCCGCAGUCCCUCCCUGUCCAGUCAGGAUGGUCUGACGGGCACCUGCUGCUCACGCCGCUCCAAAAAGAGCAACCACCUUCCCAAUGCCAGCGCGCCCGCUUCAACCCACCCACACAGCCUGCAGGAGCUCAGCGCCAUCCACAUCCAGUGUGGAGACCAGCCGCCCCUCAGCACCAGUCGCUCCAGUCUCAACAUGAUGCCAGAUGAGCCAGGGCGUCUCAACUGCAAGAGCGGCCAGAUCACCACCGCAAUAAUCAGCAUCCCCACACCUCCUGCCAACAGUCCAGAGGGGGACGGUCACCCGCCCCCAAGCCCCGCGGUCCAGCCUGGGACAGGCUCUGGCUCCAAUGUGGUGAAGGUGUCAGCGCUGUAA